UUUGUACCUUUGUCCAUUUUCCAUCUGACAAAAUUUUUGUUCUCAACUUCUCAUCAAUCUCAUCUCAUCAGCUCAUUAUUGCUUGUAUUUAUUCAAUACUGAUAAUUAAAAAUUAUGCCGGUCAAGAAUGAUGAACAUCGUACUGACCCAUUGAUAACAAGACCUGACCCAAAUAAUGACACACAAGACCUGCAAGUGCAAGACCAACCUGUCCGAGAACUCACGCAGACUGAUGAACUGAAUAAACGCUUAUUACAAUCUUUUCUUACAAGAAUAAACCAUCAAGAAGGGGGAUUUAAUUUUCCUAUGGAGCCCUGCAGCAACGCAGAUAUUCAUGAAGAUACAAGAUAGUUUCCAAACAUAACAACGUAAACAUAACCAAAUAAUAAUUCAUAACCACAAAAUAAUACGCGGGAGAAGUGAAUUUCCAUCCAAAACUUUUGAUAAAAUCAUAAAAUCAUGUCUUCAGAGGACGAGUCAAUAUGUAGUGUGGAAAAUGAAAUAAGCAUAGUUCCAGACAUUGAAGGUGAAAAUGCAGACCAACCUAUUGAAAACAUUGAGGUACAGGAAGACAACACUGAGACGACGGAAAACAAGAACUCUGAUGAUGAAGACAAGUCUGAAAGGAUAGUUGUUAAACCCAAAAGAGUCAUAAAAAAUCCUCAGCCAAAAUUUAAUGAACAAACACUGAAAACUCCAAAGGGUCUUCCUGCCAUAGCUGGACAUUUCAAGAGAGUCAAGUUCAAGGGCAAGGGCCAUGAGGAAAAAGACCUGAAUGUGCUUAUGAAGACUUAUGAGUAUUGGUGUCAUCGUUUAUUCCCCAAAUAUCCUUUUGAUGCAUCUAUUGCCAGAUUAGAAUCCUUGGGUACCAGAAGAGCAACAGUGACACAGUUGAAGAUUCUCAGGUCUGGCCUAGACCUUGAAGAAGACAAAAAACUUGCCAGUGAUGAAGAAGGUGUACCAGCCACAGAUGGUUUUGUAGAUACUUUUGAGGACCAGUUUGAUCAGCUAUUACCACAAACAGAAGUUGCCAAGGAACCUGAAGUUAGUGAGGAACAGCUGGAACGCAUGAGACUGAACAGAAUCAGAGCAGAAACCUUGAGAAAACAGAGAAUGGUGAAAGCAAAGAUAACAGAAAACCCAAAUAGUAGCUCUGCAAAUGGGCAAAAUGAUAUAUCACAGUAUUCACAGUCUAUUGCUCCAAUGAUGAAUGAUACCAACUUAACAGAAGAUGGUCAAGAAAGUGGACAAAAUGAAGAAACCACAGCUAAUGAAAUGGAUGUUCAGGAGAGUGAAGAAGUUGAUUUUGAUAGCCUUCUGAAUAUAAUCAAUGAACAUGAUCCUAAAUAUUCUAGGAAUUCUAAGAGAAGCUUGAACACUCCAAUGAGUGUCAAUGUAUCACACAGUUCACAAGUAUCAAAGAGACCAAAAAUAAUUGAUAGUGAUGAUGAAAUGGGUAGUAGUCAAAAUAUGGGUUCUCCAAAAAAUAAAACUAAUCUUGACAGUGAUGAAGAAAUUGAUAAUAAUCAAACAAAAUCCAAGAAGAAGAAACAUAAUAUCAUUGAGAGUGAUGAAGAACAUAGUGAUAGUGAUAUGAGACAAAAUAACCUUGAGAACUUUCAUAGUGAUCAAUCCAGUGAUGGUAGUCUAGUGAUAGGGUCUAAGAAUAAACAGAAGAUUGGCAUUGAUAGUGAUCCUGAAGAAAUCAAUAUCCAUGAAAAUACCAAGCAAGCCACCAAUAAUGAGACACUAUCAAAAUCUGAUGGGGAAAGUGAUGAAUAAAAUGACUUUCAAUGCUAAACUGAUCAACAACUCAACAAUGAAGAGAAAUUAUGAAUUAUUUCAGUUAUUUUUUUGGUUGUGUUCUGCUUUUCAAAUGGAAAUAAAACUCAUAACAUG